AUGGUGAAUGUGAAACGGUGGAGGAAUGAUGCACCGAUUAAUGAACAAUAUCCUUCACCAUUUAAGGACCUAGGUAGAGGAGAUGAACAACCGGUUGGGGGGGGGGGGGGGGAGGAGAGAGAGAGAGCGACAGGAAUUCCUUGCAAGAUCAACCUCAUAUCUUUCAACCCUCAUUCUGGAUCCCAGUUCAAACCAUCCAGGGAGGAAAAGAUGAUCGAGCUCCAUCAUAUUCUGGCAGAAACAGGUUGUGUUGUUUUCUUGCAACUGAGUAGAGGGGAUGAUCAGAUGGCUGCCUAUGGUCAGCUUGGCAAGCCAGGGGAAAUCCAAGCUCCCUUGCUCCGAGUGCCUUUCAAUUCCAAGCAGCAUUAA